AUGUUUUGUUGUAUUCCAAAUAAUGUAGAGACUAGGCGAGUAAAAAUUGACCGAUAUUCAAUCGGGAACCCUAUAGAUUUUCGACAUGUCGCACACAUGGGAACUUCAGCACUUUAUGAGGAUGAUGUUUCCAACGCUCUGGGUCUCCUUGACCACCAAUCUCUACCAGUGCACUUAAAGUUGAUAGACUUACCCAAACUUUCGAACAACAAUACUUCGUUGUCAGCGGGUGGUUUGGGCUCAUCCAAUAUAUGUAUCAAUUCAACAGUCCCGUUUGCUGCUACCAAACAAUCACCAACAUCGAAUGAAACAAAACCGAGUAAAAGAAACUCUUUUUUGAAUGCUACUUCUAUGUCAUCCACAUCGCAUGAAACAGGCCGUAACGUUAUGCGCCACUCAACUCACCUGAGUAAUCUGAAUCCCUCAAGACCGCCGUGUUUAGAUCUUAGUUUGCCUUUGCCUCCUCCUCCACCACCACCUCCCCCUGUAAAUGCCACCAGUCUUUGUUCUAUGAUAAGAUCAUCGUAG